GAUUGAACGUUGAUCAAAGCAAAGCUAGCAAGCUUAAGAAAGGCAAGAAAAAAUCAGAUCUUCUCAUUGAAGAAGAAGAAGAAAGAGGAAAUCAAGUCAAAGCGAAAAUGUCAAGAGAGAAGCCUAAAAGAGCCACUCUUCCUCCUGUUCAAGAGAAUAUUGAUAAAUUAGAGAAAGCUAUAAACGUGGGCAAUUUCUAUGGAGCUCAGCAGAUGUACAAGUCUAUCAGUGCACGAUAUGUGUCUGCUCAAAGAUAUUCUGAGGCCUUGGAUUUGCUUCAUUCAGGUGCAUGCCUCCAGUUGAAGCAUGGCCAGGUUACUUGUGGGGCAGAGCUUGCAGUCUUGUUUGUUGAGACACUUGUCAAAGGGAAAAUUCCUUUUGACGAAGAUAUUCUUGACCGUGUCAGGAAAAUCUAUAAGAUGUUUCCUCAGAUUCCAGUGCCUAGUAACUUGGGGGAUGAUGAUGAUGUUCAAGAACUUACUGAAGCUCUUGGGGCAGCAAAAACACGUGUUGAGGGCUGCUCAUCAUUCUUACGAGCUGCUAUAAAGUGGUCUGCCGAGUUUGGUGCUCCCAGGAAUGGUGAUCCACAACUACAUGUGAUGCUGGCUGAAUACAUAUAUUCUGAAUCUCCUGAGUUGGACAUGGCUAGAGUGUCAUAUCAUUUUGUUAGAGGAAACAACCCAAAGAAGUUUGCGUCUACCUUAGUGAAUUUCAUGGGCAAGUGUUAUCCCGGUGAAGAUGAUAUAGUCAUUGCAAGAGCAGUUCUUAUGUAUUUGUCUAUGGGUAAUCUUAGAGAUGCUAAUUACCUUAUGGAUGAAUUAAAGAGACAAGUGACAUCCCAGGAGCUUGAUUUCCCCCAAUCGGAUUUGGUUCAGUUUAUCACUUUUCUCUUGCAAACGUUGGAAAGAGAUGCCUUGCCACUUUUUAAUAUGUUGAGAGUGAAUUACAAGUCUAGCAUAGACAGAGAACCUGCAUUCAUUGAGUUGCUAGAUGAUAUUGGAGAAAAGUUCUAUGGUGUACGGCGUAGAAAUCCCCUACAAGGGAUGUUUGGGGACUUAUUGAAGAUGAUGUGAUGAGUAAUAACAUGGCAGCAGCUCAAAUCGCUUGGUGCCUUGACACAUCCAGAAUGCUGGUUUCAUUGUGCCUUUGAUUUGGAACUUUCGGAUUCGUUUGAUACUUGAGAAGUAAUUUCCUUUUAUGCCAAAAUAUUUGAAAUACUUGUAAUAUUAUUUCCCAUUUAUAGGGGAGUCUUAUCCUGUAAACCAAGAAAAACUAUAGUAAUUGCUUACAGUACAAAAUCUUUACCUUGCACACUAGAUGGAAUCAUUCUUGGUUAAUCAAAUUUUGCCUCUUCCAUUGUCUUA